UGAGAAUUCAAGUGUCCAAAGAAAUCUUUCAAAGAAAAUGUCGCUAAUAAUUGGUGCAAGGCGCCACCUGGAGUGUGGGCAUGAUAAAUAUAUCAUGGAAAUGAUACACAGUCAUCCAGCACAGGCUGCUCUUGGUGGAGUGGUUGGAAAUUUGCCAAAGAUCCAUGCUUUUCUUAGGAUCCGGUUGAGAGACUACGGGGUUCUUGAUUUCGAUGCAGGCGAUGCUCAUAGACAGCCUCUUGUUGAUACCACGUGGCAGCAGUUAACACCAAACCAGCAGCACCACAAGCUCCAACAACAUAUACAUGAGCACUUCUAUUGUCCUAAUAAAAAAAAUGUAAAAUUAAGGACAUGAUUGUUUAUGUGAGAAAAUGGGACAGACAG